CGGAGCUUCCAACAAGAACUAACUAGCGAAAGCACUGACAACAUUUAUUUUCUAAAACUUUUGCAAAGGAAGGCAUUAUUAGUUUAGGAUAAACAAUUUAAUAGUACUUACAGUGGUCGCUAUAUAUAUUUUUUUUUGUUCAGAUUUACAAUCAUUGAAAGUUGGAAAAAAAUUUGGUUUUCAUGUAUUUCGUGCUGUUUCAUCUUUUUAUUAUUUUUAAUAUAAAUCAAACAUUUUGUUCUGAUCCGUUGGACAUGUUUAAGGAGAUGGGGCGUUUAACACAAACUUGCUUAGAUCUGACGUGUACAAAUUUAAACGAUUUGAAAAUUGCAAAUGAACCGGAAAGCCACCUCAGAAAAGAUGUGAAUUGUUUGCGAAUGUGUUUGUUCCUGCAUGCUAAAGAGUCAUCAAACCCGGAUCUGAAAGCAAAUUUUGUGUUCUACAAACGUAACGAGAAGGCAAUACAAAGAAACGAAUGCAUCGGAUUUUGAAUUCCAAAAAUUACUAAAAGAACAUACACCCUGCGAAAUAAGUAUAAAGGCACUACAAAAAGAUUUCUUAGAAAAGGAACUUUCUAAUAUUUUGUGAUUUUAUUUA